UGAGAACACCUAGUGCAGAGCAGAGAGGAGGCAGCCCAGAAAGGAGCACAGCUUUCACGUUCCACAUCGCUUACUAAGAUUUUGAUCAUCAUCCAACAAUGAUGUAUUUCAUUCUGUACACACUGACGGUUUCAUGCAUCUUUGUGCAGCUGGCAGCAACUGAUGGACCUGGAGAGUCCCCGGUUCCUGUUACUUGUACUAUGAGAGCACUGGAUCUAAAGAAAGAGUUGGUUCAGGUUCUUUGUCCCCCCGGAUGCACUGAGCAACAGCUGUCGGUCUAUGGAGAUGUGAUUUAUGCAGCCGUUUCCAGUAUUUGUGGAGCAGCCCUACACAGAGGUGUACUUCCCAGAAAUGGAGGAACGAUAAAUGUCCAUAGACUCCCUGGACAACAAGAUUACCCAGCCUCCUAUGCAAAUGGUAUUCAGUCCCAGCGCCUCAGCCGGUGGACAUCAUCCUUCUCUGUAUCCAAAGCCGUAAGUCGAGAGCUGGAGGUGUCAGGAAAACCACUUGCCAGUCAGAUCGCCUCAAGUGAGUCGUCUGCUGUGGGGAAACAGACCAAAGCAAAGCGGCUUAAAAAGACUCCACAGAAGUUAACAGGCAACAAAGACUGCAAAGCAGAAAUUGCCUUUGUUAUUGAUGGCAGCAGCAACAUUGGGCAACGUCGAUUUAACCUACAGAAGAAUUUUGUGGCCAGAGUGUCCUUGUUACUGGGCAUUGGCACAGAGGGCCCCCAUGUGGGAGUGGUUCAAUCAAGUGAAGUGCCCAAGACUGAGUUCCUUCUGAAAAAUUUUACAUCCCCCCGGGAUGUUCAGUUUGCAGUGAAGGAGAUCAGCUUUAGAGGGGGCAACUCAAAUACAGGCAAAGCUAUAAAACACACAGCCCAGAGUUUUUUCACUACUGCUAAUGGGGUCCGGAAGGGCAUUCCCAAGGUCAUGGUGGUGUUUAUAGAUGGAUGGCCCUCUGAUAACAUUGAGGAGGCAGGAAUUGUGGCCCGAGAGUUUGGCAUCAAUGUCUUCAUUGUGUCGGUGGCACCUCCAGCAGCAGAAGAACUUGGCAUGGUGCAAGACAUAGCCUUUAUAGACAAGGCAGUAUGCAGAAACAACAGCUACUUCUCCUUCCACAUCCCAGGCUGGUUUGGCACUGCCAAGCAUGCAAAGCCGCUGAUGCAGAAGUUGUGCUCCCACGAGCAUCUCCUUUGCAGCAAGACUUGCUACAACUCUGUCAACAUUGGCUUCCUCAUUGAUGGCUCCAGCAGUGUUGGGGACCUGAACUUCCGCAUCAUGCUGGAUUUCAUGGCCGAUGUGGUGCGUGCAUUUGAAGUCUCAGAUGUUGGUACAAAAGUGGGAGCUAUCCAGUUCACCUAUGACCAACGCCUCGAAUUUGGCCUUAAUGACCACUCCAAUAAGGAUGACGUGCUGAAUGCUCUCAGGAGCAUCCGCUACAUGAGUGGUGGUACUGCCACUGGGGAUGCCAUCAACUUCGCUGUGCGUAAUCUCUUCCAGCCAACUAAGGAUGGGCAUAACAAGAACUUCUUGAUCAUUGUCACUGAUGGGCAGUCAUAUGAUGACGUGAGGGGCCCAGCCAGCUCAGCACACAUAUCAGGUGUCACGAUUUUCUCCGUCGGUGUAGCAUGGGCACCGCUGGAAGACUUGAAGGACAUGGCAUCUGAACCGAAAAACUCCCACACCUUCUUCACCAGGGAGUUUCCUGGGCUAGAACAAAUCACUCCAGACUUGAUCCGUGGGAUCUGCAGAGACUACCUGGACUCACAUAAGUGAAGAACCCAGCAAGACCCCUGUGAGAGGAAUGGGAGGAAAGGAGCUUGCAGACACAGGCAGAAAGGCCUCUCAUUGUUGGGUUGAUACACCCAGUGCCUAUACCCAUCAGCUACAGGGACAUUAGGGCUGCACUUACAUUGCCUAUUGGUACCGAGAUUAUGUUCAUAUUAUAGUUUCCAACAUCUGUCUGGUGGUUUGUCAUGCAGAGUCUCCUAUUUGGGGCAGGAAGGCUGGGCCGCCCAUCAGACCAGUUCUGUUACCGCUAUUCCAAAUAUCCUGCAGACCUGACCAACGUAACCAACUAGUUAGCAGCACCAAACAUCAUCGGGCUUCCUCCUCCCAAUGGGCACACUAUAUUAUAUAUAUUUUUAUAAAAUGUAUAAAACUGGGUGGCAUAGGAAAAGUGCACCUUUAUUUUUUUGUUUCUUUCCCAUUAUUGCCUGUUUACAAAGUUUUCUAUAUUUAAAAGAAACCCAGUAGAUCUUUCCCAGCUCAGCACUUAAUCCCAGAGUAGCUUUCUUACAAUGAUAUUAAUCCUCUGAUGGUGAGAUUCCCUCCAAUCAGUUUCCUUAUGCCAAUAGGAAGGUAUGCCCACCCCCACCAGCAUAAGAAUCCCACCUCUGAAGCAUCUACUGCCCCCUGGCAGGGGCAUCUGGGAUAUUCACUGAAGCCACACCUCUAAAUGAAUGCCAGCAUGGGGAGCACCCAUUUAUUAAAUAGGAUUCUUUAACCGUGACUUCCUUAUCACCAUGUAAAUACUAUUUUCCGAAUAAGCUGAUUUAUGUCAUCAUGAUCAUGUCAAUGUGAACAUCUUCCAAAAGAAACAAUGUACAAGUAAAACUUUAAAAUAAGUGAAUGGAAAAUUGAUGAGCAUGCUAUUCUAAGCACUUUUGCAAUUUACAAUCAUUUGUUUCAAGGUUUGAAGAUAUUAAAGGGAAUAUGUACUGUUAAUAUGGAUGAAUUGCAUUACAACAGCGCCCCCUGCUGGUCAGGCUCCAACUGUGCUUUAUAAAUGGUCAGGAUUUGAAAGAAAGAUGUGAAAAAGUUAUCUGAUGUUUCUAAUGUUGUUUCCUAACCAGAGGGACAUCAGAGCAGCCUCUUUCUUUCUCCUGACAAGGGGCUACAUCAUGGUUGGACACUGACCACCAGGUGGCGCUGUUCUGACAAAACACAUCCAUAGUAACAGUACACAUUCUCCUUUAUAUAUUUGAAUCCUGAAAUAAUGUCAAUUGCAAAAGUACCUAAAUUGCAAUCUCAUGAAUUCUACAUUUGCUUAUUGCAAAGGUUUACUUAUCCUUUAAAUUUGGCGUGAAUAUUAAAAAAGGAUGUAUAUUCAUGCAGAAGGCUGCAACCCUGGUCUUGUAUAUGAUGUAGACAUUGAUAUUCUGACACAAUUUGCAUUUGGUCUUCAUUUUUUAUUUUUUAUGGUGUCUCAGUUAUUUCGCUUUUUGUUCAGCAGCUCUUCAUUUGGUGUUUUAGCAGUUAUCUGGUUACUAGGGUCCUAUCUACCCUAGCAACCAGGCAGUGGUUUAAAUGAGAGACAGGAAUAUGUAUAGUAGAGGGCCUGCAUAGAAAGCUAAGUAAUAACAAUAAUAAUGAAACUGUAGCCUCACAGAGCAAUAGUUUCUGGCUGCCGGGGUCGGUGACCUCCAUUGGAAAGCUGGAAAGAGGCAAAUAAACAAUGAAACCCAAUAGCAAUAGCUAGGAACAGGGCAUUCUGUAACAUACUGAAAGUUAACGGUGAUCCACCCCUUCUAUAGAAACAGAAGCCAUAUUUUCCAAAGUAUAAAGCAAUUUAGGGAUCCCUUAAAUAGACAAAGGAUCUCUCCAUUUAUAGAAACCCAGGGCCAGUUUCCAACAGUUUGUAAUAGAAAAGUUGAAGUCCAAGGGUAUAUUUAUUAUAAAAGUCCCACACAGCCAGGAGUCACCAUUUGCCCCUCUCCCUAUAGGGUAUAUAUUAGUAUUCCCUGCCUGGAAGCAUUGGGUGCAUUCAGUAAAUGAGUGAAUACAUAUCUGACUGCCCAGCCCCCCAUGUGGAACAUAAAUGUAUCUACAGAUAACCCUGAAUAUUGUAAGAUGCUAAUAACAUGCAUUGUGUCUGUAUUACACUUACACUUCUGCUUCAUUAGAAGUCUGUUUAAUUGGAAGGAAAUGGUAUUUUGUUGCCAAUGGCAGAUGCUUCCCAUGGGUGUCACUGUUUCAUGGUUCCCAAGCCGUGCAUACAGAGACAUACCCAUACGCACACAUUUAUGUCUGUAUAUUUAAGAGCUGAAAAUGAAUAAACUGUAUCAGACCAAAGCACUUUGCUUUUUCCCAAUAAAUGCCUUUCCUGACGUUA